CAGAACCCAGUCCCUGAUCUGGGCCUUAACAGCAUCAUCACCAUUCGAUCUUACUACUCGGUCUUCGGCGACAUUGCUUCCAUGUGGAACCAGGUCUCGCGAUCGUCCGUCUUCCCAGGACUGCAUAUUGUCGACCAAAUUUCCUCUUUCGACCCAAGAGAAGACUCUAGCAUGAUCCGCAGGAGAGCAAGUGAGCUUCAAGAGUGGUCAAAAAGAGCAAUCGACGAUAUUACGAGGAAGGCGAAGGACAGACAAUCCAAGAUCAUAAACGCUAUGGAGUCACGCGUAGCCGAGAUCGGCGAGAAUACCAAGAGGCUUCCAUCUGCUGUACCCGAGAUCUCCAAGGCUAUAACUUCUGGAGCAGAGACAGCUCAGAGAGCUGCUCAGCAAGGGAUUCAAACAGAAGCAGACCAAAGCCUUCUGAUGAAGCCGCUCGCCACUCGGGACGCAUUCUGA